UGUUCGUCCCGAGCUUAAUUGAAAUUUCCCCUUUUAUUUGAUUUUAUUUACUUUUCAUAAUAUUUAAUGCGAACAGAAAUAGUAUUUCUAUUAUUGUGCUGAGUAACCUAAUUUUCAAGAUGGGUGAUUCAUGUGUGGAGACUCCAGAGGCGCCGGCUUGGUUGUCUAAGCUGGAAAGCCAGCGAGAGAAACUUAGUAAGGCUCGGUUAGGACACGAUAGUGGAGCCGGCGCUCCUUGCAACUCUUGUGGACCAUCUUGUCCUGGUUUGGACUUACAUUUUUGGCGUAAGGUGUGCAGAUCAUGUCACUGUAGUAAAGAUGUUCACGACGUGCAGGAUGAUGACUUGUCAGGGUGGGCACAGUUUGAGCUGCUUGGGACCCCAGGGCCAAAGAGAGGAUCGUUGCCAUUGAUCAAAAUUAGAGGAGUAACUGAUAAACCUGUGAAAGUAGACUGGGUGCCUCCAAAUGCCUCCACUGAGUUGGUAUCAGAGUACAUGUCGUGUCUGGGCCCGAUGGCGCCAGUGUCAGGCUCCGACGCGGCGCGGCGGCGGCGCGCGCAGCUCCGCACACAGUUGCCGCCGCACGAUGUGGCGCCCGACGUGCGCGCGCACGCCACAGACCAGGAGAAGUCCGAACACACUGAAUAUAUUACCCGCAUAAAAGACCAUGUGGUUGGACAGGGUAAUGUGGUUCGCGUGGGCCCUCUCCAAAGCGGCGAAGUGUACACUGUGGAGAACAGUAAGACUCACGCAGUGCCCAAGUCGUAUGCAUUGCCUUUAAAGAUUUCUAAUGUCUCUAGAGGAGUCAAAUACAACAUUGUUCCUAAGAAUACCUCUGAUAAAAAACUUGUUUUGGACUCUCAAGGGAACAUUGUAAGCAGCGCCGCGAACUUGCCUGAUUUCAAAGCGAGUCCGGUUCUUAGUCGCAUCGUUAAAGACAAACUCAAUGUCAUGCGCAUAGAAUCAGACCGAAUCAAGAGUGCUGUUGAACAUGGACCUGUUUAUGACAAACUCUUUAAGAGUCUGACUGAUUUGAAUAUGCCGAUCUCUGAUGAUGUUUACUUGCAACCAAUCAAACUAUUCCGUGAGGAGUACAAUAAAAACACACAAUUUAAGGAAGAAACCGGCGAAUUCGCGAGUAAAGCUCUUGGAGCGCAGAUAAUUCCAGACUUAUGGGCGACAACUAACAAUAAUAUCAUGGGAACUGCUAAGUUACUGGAAAGUCGUCUUCAAAAGGGUACAAUAUUCGCUCCAAACGGUGAGAUUUGGAGCUGGAAACAUGAGCCUACGACAGCUGAACAUAGUGGCACAAUCUGCUCUACUAAGAUUAAUCCCCAGUACUCCACUACCACAAAACCGAUUAACCAAGUUGAGCCACAGCAGACGGCGCCUCUGAGGGAGUAUCUCAGAGCACAUUCUGAAGAAGAUCUUCCACCGCCGCCUUUACCUAACUACAGCACCUACCCUGGCGCAAUGCUUUCAGGUGUUAUACCUAAUAAUUGGGCCAAUAACCCUAUUGACAAUGAACAAUCUAGUGACUUCACUAGUCUAUCUGGACCUGGACAGAGUGGUUCUUAUGGAGAAUCCAUUGAUCCAAUAAUUGAACAUUUAGCAGAUAUUGCUUUGAAUCCAGCUGAAUUAGAAUUUAACAGAAAGUUGUACAAUGAAGGUGUUCCAUGCCAGCGCUGUCAGAAACCUAUGUUUGCUGGUGAAGUAGCGGUUAAAGCUGAACGAGCUGGACAAGAAUCUAUUUGGCACCCACAGUGCUUUACUUGCAGCAAGUGUGGCGAACUGCUGGCUGAUCUGGUGUACUUCUUUUACAAAGGCGAAAUCUACUGCGCGAGAGACUUGGCCAAUGUUUUGGAGAUCCCGCGAUGCGCUGGUUGUGAUGAGUUGAUUUUCACGCGGCCGUAUACAGCUGCAGAAGGAAGGGCUUUCCACGUACAGCAUUUCUGUUGCUACCAUUGCGACGCGCCACUUGGGGGCAAGAAAUAUGUGCCAGAUGACAAGACAGGGUUGCCAAUAUGUUUGGGAUGCUAUGAUCAGUUUUACGCGGAACGCUGUCGAGCUUGCGGUGGGGUUAUAGGGCCUGAGCAACAGGGUGUUUCCUGGGGCAAUACACACUGGCAUGCAGAUUGCUUCAUUUGUUCAGGUAGGAUGUGUGGCAAAAGCUUACUUAGUGGCCGCUUUGUCGUCAAGCAGGAGAUGCCAUUCUGUAGUGUGCCAUGUGUCCAGAGCAGAAUCAAGUAAAUAUUAUAAUAAUUUAUAAAGAAAGGAAUAUUAUUAUAUGCAUGACACGUCUUUAAGUUAACAAUGAUAUUACACACUAUUGAUAUUAUGCAAAGACAAUUUUAGAUGUAUAAUUACAAAAAGAGUAUUAAGAUUGCCUAUUUUUACAAAUUUAUCCUUUCAUGACAUGCAUUUUUUGAUAUUGUUGAGUUACUAGUGCCUAAGCAAUGAAAAGCAUAUAAUA